UUCGUUGCUCUGCCUUCCUCUGCUCUGUUGUUCCUCUUGUGCCGUUCUUCUUCAUCUUUGGAGUUCUUUCCGAUCGCUUCCAUGGGGACGAAGACUAUUUUGGUGACGGGAGGGGCGGGAUAUAUUGGGAGCCACACGGUGCUGCAGCUUCUCCAGGAAGGGUUCAGCGUGGUUGUCGUAGAUAACCUAGACAACUCCUCUGAAGUCGCCGUCAGGAGGGUUGAGGAGCUUGCUGGCGACGCUGGAAAAAACCUAGUAUUUCAUCAGGCUGAUCUUCGUGAUAGAGAGGCGUUAAACAAGAUUUUUGCUUCAACGAGGUUUGAUGCUGUUAUUCAUUUUGCCGGGUUGAAGGCGGUGGGAGAAAGUGUGCAGAAGCCGUUGAGUUACUAUGACAACAAUCUUAUUGGUACAAUAACUCUGCUAGAAGUCAUGGCUGCACAUGGCUGCAAAAGUCUUGUUUUUUCAUCAUCGGCUACCGUGUAUGGAUGGCCAAUACAAGUUCCCUGUACUGAAGAAUUUCCUCUUAUUGCAGCAAAUCCUUAUGGACGAACGAAGCUCAUUAUUGAAGACAUAUGUCGUGACAUACGAAAGGCCAGCUCUGACUGGAAGAUAAUGUUGUUAAGAUAUUUCAAUCCUAUUGGAGCUCAUCCCAGCGGACACAUUGGUGAAGAUCCCCAUGGAAUUCCAAACAACCUUAUGCCAUAUAUACAACAGGUUGCUGUAGGGAGGAGACCAUCUCUUACUGUAUUUGGAACUGAUUACAAUACCAAUGAUGGAACUGGGGUUCGUGACUAUAUUCACGUUGUGGAUCUAGCGGAUGGACAUAUUGCAGCUCUCCAGAAGCUUUUCCAGGACCCAAACAUAGGUUGUGAGGUGUACAACCUGGGGACUGGCAAGGGAACUUCUGUGUUGGAAAUGGUUGCAGCUUUUGAGAAGGCCUAUGGAAAGAAAAUCCCUUUAGUAAUGGCUGCAAGGAGGUCCGGUGAUGCAGAAAUUGUUUAUGCUUCAACUAUGAAGGCAGAGAGGGAGUUGAAUUGGAGAGCCAAGUAUGGAAUUGAUGAGAUGUGCCGUGAUCAGUGGAACUGGGCAAGAAAAAAUCCUUGGGGAUAUGGAUCGCCUGAAUCUGAGAGUUGAGGAUGCUUUAUGGCACUCGUUUUUACAUAACUUUUAUCUAUUUGCAGCCUGUGUUAAUAAAAGAAAUGCUAAUUUCUGGUUCUUUUUGUGUAAAUGUUUUCAAAGAGGCAUAAAGGAGUCCAGCCCAGUGCUUUGCUGAUUGGCUGCACUAUUGUAAAGGGCAUCCAGCUGAUGUAAGUCCAGGUACAGGCCAUUGAAAAAUCCUAUAAGCUUAAAAUAAUAAUUCAGAUAUUCUGACCA